AAGGUGAUGCCCACCUUGCUUUCUUCUCCAUCUUCUUCAUCAUUUCUCUAUUCUUUUUCUAGUUUCAGGAUUAUUUGCACAUUCUUGAUCUUGAAAAGCUAUAACAGUAUCAAAUGGCAACCUCUAUUCGAAAAAUCUCAGGAGCUGUCAUGUUUAUGGUCAUGUUUCUGGUGUUGAACACAUCAUGCGAGGCUAAACUCAACUCUAAGUAUUAUGAGAAAUCAUGUCCAAAAGCUCUCAGUACUAUCAGAAGUACCAUCAGGACGGCUAUUGCACGAGAACGAAGAAUGGCUGCAUCUCUCAUUCGUCUACACUUUCAUGAUUGUUUUGUCCAGGGUUGUGAUGGCUCAAUCCUACUGGAUGAGACUUCCUCUAUCAAGAGUGAGAAGACUGCAUUGCCCAACUUAAAUUCUGCUAGAGGUUUUGAAGUCAUUGAAAAGGCAAAAUCUCAAGUAGAGAAGAUAUGCCCAGGUGUUGUAUCCUGUGCAGAUAUCAUUGCUGUGGCUGCAAGGGAUGCUACUGAAUAUGUGGCUGGUCCAUCUUACACUGUUUUGCUCGGAAGAAGAGAUUCAACUACUGCAAGCAGAGAUCGAGCCAACAAAGAACUUCCUAGUUUUAGAGAUGGUCUGGACAAACUUAUAUCUCGUUUUCAGAAAAUAGGACUCAAUGCUAGGGACUUGGUUGCUUUGUCAGGUUCUCACACUCUAGGACAAGCGCAGUGUGCUACCUUUCGUGACAGGAUAUACAGCAAUGGCAGCGACAUUGAUGCUGGAUUUGCUACCACUCGCCGGCGUCGUUGUCCUGCUGUUGGUGGCGACGGAAAUCUGGCUCCACUUGAUUUGGUCACACCCAAUUCAUGGGACAGCAAUUACUUCAAGAAUUUGAUCCAAAAGAAAGGUCUUUUAGAAUCAGAUCAAGUACUCUUCAGUGGAGGUUCCACCGACAGUAUUGUCCGAGAAUAUAGCAAGAAUCGUGCAGCUUUCAACGCAGAUUUUGCAUCUGCCAUGAUCAAGAUGGGAAAUUAUAAGCCUCUCACUGGUUCUAAAGGUCAGAUCAGGCGAAUUUGCAGUGCCGUGAACUAAUAGUUUGUGAUAUGCUUCAUUUUCCAACCUGUUAAAAAUUUUCUUUUUAUUAUUUUCUUGAAUAAUGCACUCAAAGUUGGUGCACCUUUUUCUCAUUUCAUAAAUUUAUCAUUCUUUGUAUUUCAUCAAGUGUAACAUAAAUAUAUGUUUUUUUUUGCAGUCUUA